AUGGUCGACUGGAAUGCACCAGAGACGAUCGCACAGAAUGGUGUGUCGUUCAGCAGAUUCAUGCAUUGUCUGCUGGGGUUGUACAUCUGGGAGUGGUUCACCUCGCUGGACUUUGACUGGCAGUUCAUCACUGGCAAGCGCAAGUUCAGAUGGCCGAUGAUCUUCUAUUUCGCCAAUCGAUACAUUCUACUGUUUGCCUUGGUUGGGAUAGCGAUUGCGCUGAAUGUCACAAGCGAGAUCGACUGUCAGGCGUUGUAUACAUUCAAUCAACUUUUCGGCAACGCCGCCAUCGGUUUGGCUAGUAUCAACCUUUCUCUACGCACAAUAGCGGUGUGGUCGCAGAAAUGGUACAUUGUACUGCCUCUUGUUGCGAUUAUUCUGGCACAUUGGUCGCUCCUGUUACACGGUGUAUUGCUCAAGGCAGCAUGGAUCCCUGGCAUGGGUUGCGUUAUCACCGAGACGAAUAGCAACCUCCUUGCUAUCACGUUCAUUUAUUCCAUGUCGUUCGACUUCCUCGUCCUGAUAUUGACUGGAUGGAAGCUUGCCUUCCCGGGUAACGUCGCACCUCGGUCGCGGCUCGUCAACUUGAUCUUCAACGACGGUCUGAUUUACUUUGUCAUUGCCUUCCUGUCCAACUUGAUUGCGACGAUCUUCAUGAAGUUGAACCUCAACCCAGUCAUGUCGAUCAUUGCGAACGUUCCUGCUGCCAUUGCCUCUACAAUCGUGGCCUGCCGUGCUGUGCGCCGUCUGACCAACUACACCAACACUGGCCCAGAAGUCUUCCAAUCAACCACACAUGGGACGACUCUCGCAUUCCGCAGUGGCGCACAAUCCGUGAACCGUCCUAAGGUCGACACCUCCAAGUCCAACAACGAAGGUGUCCACGUCCAGAUGGAGACUUUUGAAAGCCCCUCAACAUACGUUGAGUACGACGCUGCCGGCAAAGUCGUCAAGGGCGACGUCUAUGACCCCGAAGCACAAAUCAUCAGUGACGAGUUCAAGCGUCCUCCGUACUAA